AUUGAUUUCAUUUAGAGUAUAAAAGUGUUUGGGUCAGGAACAAGGUCCGAAUUAUGAUCGAAUUACAGUCUAAAAUGUGGCGUAAUUCAUUGUUCACAUUAACUUUAGUGGUGGUUGCGAAUUGCAUAAGUUUAUCGUUCCUUCCAAAAUUAUGGACGUACAUGGACAUAGUAACAAUACAAAACACAAAAAACGGUGCCCUUGAAACUGAUUUCAAAACAAAACGAUUCAAUCGAACAACAUUGGUUCUGUGUGGUACAUUUACGAUUAAUGACGAUAUCCCUAACAUUGAUUACGACAUGACGUUUGCCUUUAGCCCACUGGGAAACAAUCAGUACACGUUGAUGCCAUACAUGUGGCGAAGAGAACCGCUGUGCGAUUUUUUCAACAAUUAUUUUCAGAAUUAUGUUCAAGCCGAAAUGGAAAAGGUUUCAGAUGUUCCGAAGGCUGUAAAAGAUCAACCAGUGUGUCCGCUGUACGUCAAAAAUACGUACACUAUUCGAGGGUAUUAUGUGCCUGAAGAUGUAUUUCCGCACUUUUUCCAACCUGGAUCGUACAAAUUAGAAAUCAAUUUCUAUAAAGUUAAUGUGGCGGAAAUCCACCAGACUUUGAUCGUCAUUAUCAAAUUGUAUUGAUAUUUUAACGUUUUGCGAAUUGAAUUAAUGUUUUAUCAAACAUAUUAUAAAGCAUCUA